AUUUAAAAGUUUUAAACCAUCGCAUAUAAAUAAGAAGUCGUCUGGUUCACCUUUCUACCAGUUUUCAAAACCGAAGUUAAAAUCAUUGGCAAACAUCGAUCUUAUGUGAAUGAUGAAAUUUCGAAAAUAUUUCAUGAAUAAAACUUUCAGAUCUUUGAACAUUCUUGAACAGGAGCUGGAAGUUGAGGGUUUGAAACCAGCAACUAUGUUGGAGAAAAUUCUGAUCGAACUCACCAUUGCAAGCGAUGCUGAAUGGUUGAGAUUCGACGACCCAACAAAAUUGAUGAAUCAAAGUUGACAUUGCAUUAUUAUUAUACCUCAUUUUUUGACAACCAAGCAAGUCUGAAACUCUGUUAAUCGCAAGGAGUGAAAUCGGCCUGAACUGAAAUAAUAAAUCGAAAUCAGAUUAAGAAUUUUUUUGCGAGGUUGUCCAAAUUACCGAAACGUGGACAGGCGCCUUAAUUAAUGGUAGGGGUAUAAGGAUAAGUUUCAUGUAAGCAGGCGAGGUAAUCUUCACGUUUUGCUAGAAUUUGUAAAAUUUGAGUUAAAUUGCUAUGUAACUUUGAAUAUUGGAUUUCACAUCUGAAUAAUCCAUAAAAUAUAUAUCUGCCUGUAAUCAUGCUAGGUUGAUUUUUGGUCGAUGUUGCUUCAACGAAAUUUGAUCUGUAAUUUUAAUUCCCAAAAUCGGUAAUACUGAUAUAUUCUCUUGAUUUUGUAAACUGAAGAUAGAGGUGGCCGACGGAAUUUCAUAAGUGAUAAUAUUAUUAUUAUUAUUUUUUUCAUAUCAACCCCCUAGUCAAUUUACGAUCUUACUCUCAUUGCCACUAGCCUUCAAGUGAAUAAGAUAAAUUGAUCCCAGCGUAACUGUAGCAUCAUGUGUUCGAUUUCUUGAUAAAACUUCAAUGAAAUUAUAAUUAGGAAUUAAUUUCGAUUACAAAUGAUAGUUCAUGCACACAAAGGAAAUAUUAACCGAGAACGGCGAAUAUUUGAUCACCGUUUGUAUUCACAAAGCAAAUACAGAACUGCGUCACGAGAGAUCGUUCGAACUGCUCAGCAAAAUAGCAACGCCAUUUGAUUGUUUCCCGUAAAAAAAUAGCCUGUCAGCUAUUUUUUUACUGAAGGAGAGGCAUUUUACUCGUAGAUUCGAAUAGCACCUCUAGUUCCACGGUAAAUAAUUGGCUUAGUACAGAUGCCGGUUAGUAAGGUACAGUUGGUUGCGCUGCUGCUGCUAGUGAGCGGCAGCAUGUCCAGUCAUGGCAGCAAGAUCCUCGUCAUCGCGCCGCUUUCAGGCAAAAGCCACUGGCAAUUUUUUGGCGAGAUCAUCAAGACCCUCGCCGACCAUGGACAUCAAAUAACGUCGCUGACAUCGAUGCCGAUGAUCAGGCACAACAACGUCACCGAAAUAGACAUCGAGUUUGACAUGAGCCCUCUCAUCCCGAACACAUUCGAGAAUCGCGGUUGGUGGGUGGGCAUUAGCAUGAUGAAUAAGAUGCCCGGAAUGUGUGCAGAAGCGUUGUCGAUUAAGAAAGUGCACGAUAUUAAAAUCGAAGAAUACGACCUGGUAUUCAUCGGCAGCUUUGUCAAUGACUGCUUCUUUGGGCUUUUGGAUGGCAUUGAGGUUCCAGUGAUAAUCAUGAACCCGAACGCACUCUUCACAUACUUCCAUGACAUCGUGGGAAAUGUAGAUUUUCCUUCUUUCGUACCCGUGAUAGGACUGCCCAUGAAGUAUCCUAUGACGUUCACACAACGCAUCCUUAAUACCCUUGCCAAUCUCUUCAGCUGCGCCCUCAUCAAUUUCUAUUACCAUCCAAGUGUUGAAAAAGCAUGCAAAGAUGCUGGUCUGUGCCCGCGCGACAUGCGAUCUAUUCAUGACAUCGCUGCAAAAUCUGCAUUCAUUUUCAUCAACAACGUGCAGGCCCUGGAGACGCCAGUGCGGCCCUACGUGCCGGCCGUGAUCCACGCGGGGGGCCUCAACUGCCGGCCCGCCCAGCCGCUGCCGGAGGAUCUUGCAUCGUGGAUUGAAGGCUCAGGUGACGCGGGCACCAUUUACUUCAGCCUGGGAUCCAUUGUGAAGCCGAAGGACAUGCCUGAGAAUUUCCGUGAGGUGUUUGUGAAGGUUUUCUCGACUCUUCCCCAACGCGUGAUAUGGAAAUGGGACGAGGCGUCGAUGCCAGGCCUGCCCCCCAACGUCAAGCUGGCCAAGUGGCUCCCGCAGCAGGAUAUCCUGGGUCACCCCAAGGUGCAUUUGUUCAUCACCCACGGCGGGCUGUUCAGCACGCUGGAGGCUAUUUACCACGUUGUUCCCAUCCUCGGCUUCCCUGUGUUCGCCGACCAAGGCAGUAACAUGAUCAAGUCUACAGCCGAUGGCAUUGCCGAGACCAUCGAAUGGGACGAUCUUACGGAGGAUUUGCUAAAUCAUACAAUACACAAAAUGUUGACCGACCUGAAAUAUCAGAAGACUGUCAAUCAUCGCUCGCAACUGAUGCGGGACCAGCCGAUGUCUCCCCGAGAUGUUGUGGUUUACUGGACCGAGUACGCCAUCCGCCACAAGGGGGCGCCACAUCUGCAGUCCCCUGUCAAGGGAAUGGCAUGGUACCAGAUCUACAACGUCGACGUCUGGCUGUCCUUGAUUGUGAUCUCAAUCGCGUGUCUCUAUUUGGACAUAAAAAUAAUAAUUGCUCUGGUGAGACGAUGCUGUUAUAGGACCAAGACCACCGGUGAGCUCAAGAAGAAAAAAGAGUAGCCUGUGGUUAACUUGGUAAUGGAAAAAGGUUACUGAGCCAAAUGUAAAACUGAAAAUAUUUCUGUACCUAGAGCAAGCAUAAGAAGUAUCAAGAAUAUUUUGAAAAUGUAAUGAAAUUUCAACAAAAUGUAACAUGAAUUACGAAUGCAAUUUAAAUGGCAACAUCUACUUCAAAAUUUCAUAUUAUACUGUUUUGAGACGCUUUGAGAAGAACAGACCUAUUGAGAGCAGACCUAUUCUCCUCUUUGAGUUCCGUACUCAGUUCAGCAUUCAUCUUGGCUCCUGGAAUUCAAAUAGUAUCAAAUAAGAGUUUUAAACAAUUACUCAAGCUGCGAGAAAAUUUUUUACCCAAAAUAUUGUUUACAAAUCAUUUUUAUUUCGUAAAAAAUUAACUAGAUAAAACCUACUUUGAUUUUGUCAAUGCUUCGAGAUAAAUCAGGACUUUUGUCAGAGAAUGCGAGCUGUGAUGUAGGUUUUUUAUAUCACAGGUGUCACUAAGAGAGGUAACCUAUUUGCUCUAGCUUGAUUUUAGCAUAGAUGUGUUCACUGAGACAAACAAUAAAACAGGCUCAGAUCAUGGCGUAUUUAGUAAAAAUUCGCUUAUAACCAAAACUAUCAUGUAAACGUUGUGUGUUUUUUUUCGCCGUUUUUAUAAAAGAUGGAAUGGUUAAAUUAUGACCUUGGGAUGCAAAGAGGCACGUUACUAUUUAUUAAUUUUUCUACAUUCUUUUUGUAUCCAUUUUUUGCACUCGUUCUAUUUGGAAACAAAAAAUUCUAGCAACGCAUGCCGUAGCCUAGUAAGAAAAUAAGUGUAUGUUUUCAAUUACAAGUCAGAGGAAUGAAAAUAGCGUUACAUUUACUCUGGGUCAUUUAUACAUGAACAUGCGAAGAUGUGAUAACACUACAUUCCGCCUGUCCAAUUAGUUCUAAAAUUAAGUUGAGAUAAUUCUGGGCGUCGUUCGUUUUACGACCUCAAUUUUGGGAGUCGUACUGCGAGCUCAAAUCGGGCAUUUUAUUUUAUCAAAAUAUAUCCUAAUAUUUGCAAAUCUUGUAAGCAGAAAAAGAAUUAAUCUUGUACCCCAUUCAACAAAAGCUCCAUUCAAAAAUAAGCAAGUAGUCCUUGGCUAGUAAAUAUAUUGAUAUACACUCGAGAACGGAUAAAAAAAAACAAGCUAACAUAAAAAAUUUGAGCAAGAUGGAACCGUUGCUUCUUAGGUUAUUAUUAUUUUUUAUGAUAGACUAGUCGCUUCGUUACAAAAACCUGCUAAUAAUGUCGACAUAAUCGAAGUGUCUAAUGUCCAUGAUGCCUCGCAAUAUUUCACAAUGAUGAUGGCGGUAGUGACGGUGCAGUGAAUGGGGAAGAGUGGUAAAGAAGAUACAAGAGGUGUCAUAGAGUGGUCAGAAAGGGGGAAGAGAAAAUUUGAAGUCAGGUACCAAUGAAAAGUGUUACUUCACAGGCCACACCGAGACAAGAGUGUUUGUAUGUAUGUUGAUAAUUCCAACAAUAUUCCAUAUUGAUGAAACGUGGAAAGAAUUUAAUAGGCGUACCCAACCGGUUUUUAGGCUUAAAUUUAGAAUUUAUUCCUCAAUUAGAUGUGAUUUCUAUCUGUAUCUCUGAUGGAGAAUAUGAUUUUUGCUGAUAUUGUCCCGGAACUGGAAUUGAAAUUAUACUUUCAGAAUAUUUUACCUAUAAUUGACCUAAUUUUACAUAGAUUGCACAAUUUCUUUCAAAAAAUAUGUUGUAGCUAGAGAAGCGUUUAGUCCCUCUAUUUUAAAAAUGUCGAUAUUUUUUUAAACAAUAUCAGUUUUAACAUUAAUAUUUAAACAAUAUUGGUGCCUCUAUUUUAAAAAGUCGAUAUUUUUUUAAACAACAAAGCAUAUUUUCUUCGCUAAACGCAUACAUAAUUGAACUGUUAGCUGCAUAUAUGUAGAUUAAGUCACAAAUUAAAAUCAAGUCGUGAUUUUGCAGUAAUGUAAAGCUUCUGAAAUUUAGUUUUAAGAAAUCAAUCUCAAUGAAUAUAAAAUUGUCAAAAAUGCAUGAAACAUACACCAAGCAGAUGAAGCUGACGACACUGUGGUCACCGACGUCCUUUUUGAUGGUUGUGGAAGUGCUAGAAUAAACUUGGAAAAACUGUACGUGCUGAGAAGAUAAUACGGUUUAGAUCGCAAAUAUAUCCGAAGAUAUAAGAUAUACGUAAAUAAUAAGUGGUAGACAAUUUAUUUCAAUGGAAAAGUACCCUGGAAUGGAAUUCUUUACAGUAGCACAUUUUCCAUCCAGAUCAACUGGUACUUCUUAUUCACGUUGACCGCAGGAUCAGAAAUUUGUAAGAAGUUUUAGAUAUAAAUCGAACUUCACG